AUGGCCCCUGAAUCGUCUUCUAAAAGGGACGUGAGCUAUGCUCCUAAUGGCCACGACAGGAGAAAACAGAAAAGGGCGAAGCUUAUGCAAGCUCGCUCGAUAAUUGCCCAGAACACGGACGAUGCACUGGUGGACGGCAGGUUAGAUGUUCCUUCUUUCAUAAAGUCGAGGCAGUUCGAGAUUGAGCGAUUGGAAAGUGCAAUGCUCAGUUCUAAAAGUUCUGGCAAGAAAAGAAUAUUUCAGUCCUUACCAAGGGUAUUACGAAGACGGACUGCGAGUCACAAUGUAAAACGGGUGCCAAAGAGAAUGCGAGAGAGGGCAGCAUAUGAAAUGCAGAAUGAUAACGAUGGAUUGGCUAGUACAAUCUCUCCUAAUGAAAAGAAAAAACUCAAGCUGAAGAGAAAGGCGAAGCAAAAGGAAGCGUCAAAAAUCAUGAAAUCAGCAAGCCAAGAAAUGGAUGCAGAAGUUGAUGUAGAUGAGAUGGAUGUUGAUAGAGAGUUGAAGGAUCAUGAAUUAAAAGCAAGUUCGGUCGAGCCGCUAGGCCUAGAGGAAAGUAUAGAUGAUACUAUUUAUAACUUGGCUGAGAAUAAGAAACAAGCUGAUAUUGCUAAUGCAAAUAAAACGGACAAGUUUUUCGGCAUUGCUUCUGAUUUGACGGGCAUCAACAGGUUAGCUAUAGCGCCUAAAGGAAAGCCUAAAUUCAGGUCUCGCCAAAAGGACAAAGUAUGGCUACCCACUCAUGUAUGGCAUUCUAAACGAUGUCACAUGGAGAAUAUAUGGCAGUAUUCGAUUCCAAAAACACCCACUCAAAAAUGCUACCGUGCUACUCACCGAGCUGCCGCUUUUGCUGGACCCAAAGCUGGUACAUUAGCUUGGGAUAAAAGCUAUUUCGCUACUUUCAUAAUAGAAAGUGCAUUGCAGGAUCUUUUGCUGGACAUCUUGCGGCGCCUUGCUGGUAAAAUGACUCCCUACAAUCCUGACAUCACACAAAGCCGCUUCACUAAUGGAUAUAGGUGCUGGGAAGGUACGCUUUAUGACUCUGAUAAACCAAUUGGCCCUGGACUGAUUUAUUUUAAUAGACCAGGUUUAGAUGACCAAGGUGAAACCCAUAGACCAUCUUUCCUUGUCCGUGUACAUCCUAGCAUAGCACCUGCUACUAUCGACCUGCUGACCCGGUUAAAGAACGAAUAUGAUAUUGGUGGUGGUAAUCUUACAUUCUACGACUGCAGAUAUUCAAUAGGCUCUAUAGAACUCUUGGGACCGCAGAGUACAAAUGCGUUGAUUUCAAUCCUGAGAUGUGCGGACCACAAUUCGAAGGUUUCUAAACUGUGGAGAUCUCUCGCAGGAUUAGCUAAUCCCUCAUCAUUACCAGAGAAUGCAGUGUUGUCUUUCGCAGUUCAUGAUCCUAGAUUAUUUUAUCCACCUCAUAAACCUCAGCUAACGAAAGCGAGCAAAAGCUCCGAAGACCCUCUUGCCGAUCUGCUCGGUAAUUGGCCUUACGAAGAUGUAACAAAGACAUCCAGCUUGUUCAGCAUACAAGGAAGGGAAAGGUCUGUUACAAACCAAUUGACUCUAAAAGAACUAUACAAGAGGAAAGCAGGGAAUGAGCCGGGAAAACACCUCAGCCCGCAGACAAAUGAUCCCAGAAUCCCGAUUAUUCUUAUGCGCCAGAAGACCAAAGAUGGCUGGACUUUACUUGCUCCUUGGGGAUGGAUUUUACCAAUCUGGUUCUGUCUCAUGCACUUCCCUGAAGUUCAAGUAUCGGGGUAUACUCAAGAACAUCAGAUUUCUUAUGAACAUGGAAGGGCACACUUUCCUGACGACUUCCCUGAUACUGAUGUUGGCAAUGUUGUGAAUUUGGUAAAAGGAAAGGAAGCUUUUGCUAAAUGGAAUGGUAGGCCACCCGCAAAGCGCGUUGCUUUCGACAAAAUAAAAACUGGAAAUACAGGACUUGGUGAACAUGGUAACCCUUUUCUGUGUGAUUGGAAAUUUCUAGCAGCUGUUCAGAAUAAAUCUGACUCACCAGACAAUGAUCAACCUACCUCAGUUGCUGGCAAUGAUUCUUUACUAGUGGACGAUGAGACAGUCGAACGAUGCGUUACUACUUCUGGGGAAAGUCAUUUGCUGCCGAUAACCACUGUUCAUAUCAAGUAUAUACAGCGGGGCUCACCUCACGACAGAGCCCGGAUUUAUCGCAUACCAGCGAAGUCUGUCUGGGAGUUUGUUGUAAAUGCCAUAAACAACAAACAGCAGGUUGAUUUGAAGCAAAGUUUGCCAUGUCCCUCUUGUGAUGACCUCAUAGGAUAUAUUACCACCGGUGACUUCAACCUUGCCAGCGGGUGUGGAACGGGUAUAGGUGGCAUUCUCGAUACUCAUGCCAAAAAGAGUAGCAACUAUUGCCUCGUGCGAAAUGUUGGAACAUCCACAGUACGCCUUGCACGUUGGGUGAAAAUAUAG